AUGCAGGGAUUGAUGUGGAGCCUGUGCAUCAUGUUCUCCCUCUCCCUCUGGGAGGAAAGUUACUGCAGGAGUUCCAGGGAAACCAGGAGGACCAAAGAGCUCUCUAUCCACAGGACUAAAAGAGCUCCCCAGGAUCCUGAUGCGAAAAAGUGUUCCUACACUUUUCUCGUCCCUGAGCAGAGAAUCACAGGUCCAAUCUGUGCUAGCACCACGGGCCCCGAACCAGACAAGGACAGAGUGACCCGUAUGGACAUCGCAGAUGUGCGGGAGGUGCUAACCAAACAGCGACGUGAGAUUGAGACGCUGCAGCUGGUGGUGGAUGUGGAUGGUAACUUAGUGAAUGAGAUGAAGCUGCUGCGGAAAGAGAGCAGGAACAUGAACUCUAGGGUGACCCAACUCUAUAUGCAGCUGUUGCAUGAGAUCAUCAGGAAGAGAGACAACUCUCUGGAGCUCGCCCAGCUGGAGAACCGUGUACUCAACGUGACCUCUGAGAUGAUGAGACUUGCUUCCAGGUACAAGGAGCUUGAGGGCAGGUUCUCCACGAUGGCCGCGGUGGUCAACAACCAGUCCAUUCUCAUUGCUGAAUUGGAGGACCAGUGCCUGAGGUCGGUUGGACGCAGUGAGCUGCCCGUGGUGCCUCCACUGGUUCAGGUGGUACCACAGAAUCUACCAGUUAAUAAUCGUUUCACCAAUGAGAUACAGAGGGACAAUAACAAGCGGGCUUUACCCCGAGGAUCACGAAUGGAGUCCCCUACUGCGAGCCCCUAUGCAAUCAACCCUCCACCCCAGGGAACACUUACAUCUGAUGGACCCUUCAGGGACUGUUACCAGGUGCGUCAGGCAGGACACACAACCAGUGGGAUGUACCUGCUUAAGACAGACGGCAGCGACCGGCUGAUCCAAGCCUGGUGUGAACAUGGCCUUGAUAAUGGUGGAUGGACCGUGUUGCAAAGAAGGAAAGAUGGUUCUGUUAACUUCUUUCGGAAUUGGGAGAACUACAAGAGAGGAUUUGGCAACAUAGAUGGUGAGCACUGGCUUGGAUUGGACAAUAUCUACAACCUUGGGAAGCAGGGCGACUACAAGCUGAUGGUGGAGCUGGAAGACUGGACAGGGAAGAAGGUGUAUGCCGAAUACAGCAGCUUCCGUCUGGAGUCAGAGAGUGAGGGUUACAGACUAAGGCUUGGUACCUACCAAGGAAACGCUGGGGACUCCUUCAGUAGUCACAACGGCAAACAGUUCACCUCGCUUGAUCGCGACAAGGAUGCGUUUUCUGGCAACUGCGCUCACUUCCAUAAGGGUGGCUGGUGGUACAAUGCCUGUGGCCAGACCAACUUGAAUGGCGUGUGGUACAGCGGGGGAGUUUACCGCAGCAAAUUUCAGGAUGGAAUUUUCUGGGCAGAGUAUGGAGGAGGUUUCUACUCCCUAAAGUCGGUGCGCCUCAUGAUCCGACCAAUCGACUAA